GUGUUGUCAUUGGUAAUCCCCACACGGCUCCAGGGAGUGGCACACAGGGCACUUCACAGGCUCUUCCACACAAGAAGCCGCCUGUUCGUGGCGCUGCACGUGGCCUUGCAAGCGGCAGUGUACGGGGAGUACACAUGGGAGGUGUGUGUUUACUGCUGGGAGCUGCAGUUCCCCCUCCUCCUCCUGCUGCUGCCCUACCUGCUGCUGCUGGGGAACCUGGGCUGCCUCCUGCUCUGCUCCCGCGCCGACCCCGGUAUAAUAACGAAAUCAAACCACGUGGCCUUGGCUGAGGUCUAUGCCUACGAUGGGGUGUUGUUUCAGAAGGGCACCCUGUGUCCUACGUGCGGCACGGAGAAGCCGGCCAGGUCAAAGCACUGCAGUUUCUGCAACGUCUGCGUCCACCGUUUCGACCACCACUGCGUGUGGGUCAACAACUGCAUCGGGGCCUCCAACGCCAGGUGGUUCCUCCUGUACCUGCUCUCGCUGCCCGCCGCGGGCGCGGCC